CAAUACCUCACUUCUUGAUCAACUCGAUUCCCUUAUUCUGCUAGCCAGAAAGGAAUUCUCUGAGAACGGCGUAAGUGCUACAGUUAAUCUAUCUGACCUAGUUAGCGCUCUCCUUCUUUCCGAAGAACAAACCACUGCUCUAUCAGGCGCUGCCGAAGAUGAAAAACGUUUAUAUCAAGUUGUGUUGGGCGUUCAUCUUGCGUUGACUAACUCUACUGGCCAGUUGGUAGACAUCGCCUCCCGUGUUCGCUCCAACACAUUAGCCACCCAUGCUUGGUUUUAUGUUGAUUUUCUAGCCCGUGCUGCCUCUACUCUGCUCAAACGAUCACCUCGACUGGCGGGUGCCACGGCUCUUUGGGGCUGGGAGCCGGACGCAGCGGGUUCGGGAAUGCGACAGACAGAAGAGCUGAGCCAACUGCUAGUCUCGGAAAUCUAUAUUGCUGGAAUGGCUAGCUUUAUCAAACUUUGUCGACAGUGGCUGGCUCGCUGGAAUUUGAUCAACCCUAGGCAGCAACCAGUUGGUGAAAGGAAUCGCGAUGAGCGUUUUUCUGAUCCCUUGUCUCAACAGCCCUCAGAAAUCUUGGAUGAAUUAUUUUUUGGGCCUCUUAUGGAGCGCCUGGCUCUGGCUAGCGAGGCUGCAUUUGCUACUGGUCGCAUAUUUUGUUGCUUAGUCGAAGACACUGGCCUCUCAAUCCAUCGUCUUCUUUUAGAAGAACGUAGUCGGCAUCAGCAACAGGCUGCCUCGGUUUCUACAUCAACUGUAGGCCACUCUUCAACCGCAGUCAGUCUGUCCGCAGCCCAUCUCGCCGAGACGGCCUCACUACAGUUAGCUAGGGCGCAUGUCCAGACUCCAGUGGCUCCACUUCACUCAGCCGCAGCCCGUUUGAUCGACCGUCUUAUUGCACGAGCUGUCCAGUUCACUGGAGCGGCUGCAAGCCAACGACGCAUCUGCUUAUUGCGAGUUACAGUGCGUUUGGUUUAUCAAGCUCAACGUAUUUUGUCCUGGACACAUCGACCAAGCCGUACAUUACCCCCGCUAGCCAAAAAUGAUCCGCAGCUUGUCGAAGUGGAUGGCUUUUUCACUGACUCUUCUAUUGAACUGCAUCAUUUGGAGAUGCCUCAAAACUUGGCUGCCAUUCUGGAUCAACUUCAAGCGGCUUCUGAGGCUGUCCACAAACUCCUCAAUACUCGAAUGACCGAUGCGGUAGGUAAAAUAACAGAUGUUAAACGGCUGGUACAAGUGACUGACACGAUUUAUCGACUGGAGCGAAUGCGAAUUAGGUAUUUACUGUCGUUGCGAUCAGCUGUACUUUUAUUAUUUUCACUUAUUUACCUUAUACCUAUUGUACAUAGUCACAAUAAUUUUUGUUUUCUGCAGAACGCCUAG